AUGGCAGAGUACUAUCAGUAUUCAUGGCUCACUGUUGUGGCAGCAUACACACAAGACAGGGGGUUAUUCCAUGAUGUCACUUCCAACGAUAUAACACGUGUCACGCGACUCCCGUAUCGGGAUAUGAAUGGGAAACAAAACGGCUAUUUCUACCUCCAGGCUGCUGAUUCCAAAGCGCUACAGAGAGAUUUCAUGAAGUCAGUCAGCGAUGGCGAACUCAACCGCCGUGGCUGGAUAUACCAAGAACGGCUGCUUAGUAGGCGUCUCCUUUUCUUUUCUAAAUCGGGUAUGUUCGUGCAAUGUCAGACUGGGCCUGCCCGAUCUUUCCUAGGUGACAUCUUCAAUCCAACUAAAGCCGAUUCGCAAGGAGACUGGGUAAAAGACUAUUCUACCACCACCUCGUCUAUUUUGGCCCAAUGGGAGGAGGUUGUGCAGACUUAUGCCAGCCUGGAACUUACGCAGCUGGAGCAAGACCGCCUUAUGGCGCUUUCCGGUAUUGCCAUCGAGUUUGGCCGAAGCCUUCGCCACAUGAGGAGGGCGAAGGCCUCGUCGUCGGAUGCCGAUGCAAUGAAAGUGGAGUACUAUUCGGGGACCUGGCUACUGGCUAUUCGAGGAUUGCUUUGGGAACAGACACAGCCGGGAAACCGAGGACGAAUCAGAGGCAUACCCACGUGGUCAUGGGCAUCAAUGGCCGCCUUAGUCACCAACUCCGAGCGACAGAAUGUGUGGUCAGGGUUGGCUAUUCAGUGGGGCCACCAUCGAGAUGGCAAAGCGGUAUGUGAGUUGACUGCUGUAUUGCCAGUCCCAGUGACCAAGAAUCUCCGACCGAAUUUCGGUCGAGCACUGAGAUUUCGGCCGCCAGAGAAUGUGUAUGAUGGUGACAAGCGGUUCGCAAUUCUUGGAUUGCGUGGGUUGUGUACACCGGCAUUCAUCCAUCGCAAUUUUCCGACAGAAGACGAUACUUCUACUGCCGCAAGAUUGACUGGUCACGAUUCUGGCCAAAGCAGUAACAUGUGGCGGCAAGUAACGUUAACUCGAGAAAGCCUGGUAACUGCAGGUUGGGCAUCGAUUGAGCAUCCAGACAUUCAGACGGACGAAGAUUGUGAGGCUGCUAUCAAUCUUCAUGGGCGGCGUGGCCUUCUGGACCACGAGGAAGCAGAAAACAGUGUACCCGUCUUUGCCGGAGCAAUGCCUUUCUCCAUUGUGGAGUUGGGCCAGUAUUCUCGAGAGAAAUUCACAUUCAUGGACAUCACACAACUUUACCACAUCAAAUAUUCUGUGAAGGCCAUGGAUGUCAAGGCAUCCCUCACCACAAUGGACUGUUUCGGCACGUUUACGGGAGGUAGCAUUGACCCCAAAGCGCUGUUGCUUGUCCUUGAUUGCCAGGGUGUCCUCGGUACCGCUCAGUCAACAUCACGACUUCUCACGCUAUUGUCAAUAGUCCAUGGCCACUCAUGCGAUUGGGAUUCCCACAAAAUGGAGCACAACCAGAUUUUCCAGAGCUAUUCGGAGCAGCAACGCUCCAUUCUCUAG